UAUUAACCCCCGGAUGUGGCUCGAGUCGCAUGCGAGAGCUUAUCGGGACGAUGACUCCUUGGCUCUCUUUUGCUCUUAAGAGAAAGAGCAGCUGCUCAGAUAAAACGUCUCUGGUUUUUUCUUCUCCGGUUCAGCGACCUUGGAUCCCUGCCCAGCAAUGAUGGGCCUGUCUAAGCUCUUUCGGCAUGGUGACCGAGUGGAUGAGUAUGUGCGAACGGCGGAUGAGCGGGCUCUUGUCCGACGUCUGGAUACAUUCCUGCUUACUUUUGGCUGUCUUUCACAAGUGAUUAAAUACCUUGAUCAGCAAAACAUCAAUAAUGCCUAUGUUUCGGGCAUGAAGGAGGAUUUGAACCUACAGGGCAAUGAACUAAACCUCUUUACGACCUACUUUAAUGUCGCAUAUUGUAUCAUGCUUAUACCCUCACAAGUCAUCUUGACUUACAUCCGACCAAGCUUUUGGCUGCCUGGUCUGGAGAUCGUCUGGGGUGUGCUGACUGGUCUGAUUGCCAUGGCCACGCACGCGAAGCAAGUCUACGUCCUCCGCGUCUUUUUGGGUCUCUGUGAAAGCAGCGCAUGGCCUGGAAUGAUGACUUUACUGAUGUAUUGGUACACUCCAACUGAGCUGGCGAAGCGCAUGGGCUUCUACCAUUCCUGCCAAGCUGUCGGCCAAAUGAUGUCCGGAGCGUUGCAAGCUGCAAUCUCCGACACACUCAACGGCCACGGAGGAUUGGCCGGAUGGCGAUGGCUUUUCGUCAUCAAUGCGAUCAUAACUGUUGUUUGGGGAUUCGCAGGAUUCUUCAUGAUCCCAGAUCUCCCCAACAACCCCAACCCACGGGCAUUCUGGUUCCGCAAGGUUCACGCAGAACUCUCCAUGGAGCGGCUUGCUCGCAACGGCCGUGCUGAGCCGAAGAAAAUGACAUGGGCGGGUGUCAAGCGCACAUUCUCAGGCUGGGUGGUCUAUUUCAUCGCCAUUCUAUACAUUGCGACCGUCCUCGGUACAUACGGCUACGUCUAUUUCUCUCUCUUCCUCAAGUAUCUCAAAAACCCCGACGGAACUCCAAGAUGGACCGUGUCACAAGUGAAUGCGAUUCCGAUCGGUGGCUCUGCCAUUAACGUUGUUUUCGUGUGGAUCUGGGCGUUGUUGUCGGAUUUCCUGCAAACAAGAUGGACACUCAUCGUGGCCCAAGGAGUUAUUGGUAUAAUCCCCUGCAUCGUCAUGAGCAUCUGGACUUCUCACCCGACCGCAGUACCACUGUCUGGUGUCUAUGCGUCAUACUUUAUAUCGUUCAUCUGUCUCGGUACGGCGCCACUUAUCUUCGCCUGGCUUUCGGAUCUUAUCCCGCAAGACCCCGAGGCUCGCUCACUAGUCGUGGGUGUUUCCGUGGCUGGUUAUUAUGCCAUCUCUGCUUGGUCGCAGGUACUGGUAUGGCCUGCGUCGCAAGCACCAUUUUAUAAGUACGGCUGGCAAUCUGCGUUGGCACUGUUGGUACUCGUUAUUAUCAUGACUUGUGCCCUUCGCUUUAUCGAUGUCAGAUAUCUUCUGCCGAAGCGUGAGGCUUUCCAGGAAACACUGGAAGGGACAGUCGUUGGUAGAAAGGAUAGUGUUUCGGGUCUGGGGGAGAACAAUGAGGCUUCAGGACCGAGUUCAGAUCCUGAUCGGAAAUCUGCCCACAAGGCUACUGUUGAUGAAGUUUGAGAUGAUCGGUUCAUAUGAAUGAAUGUGUCUAUGAGUUCUUUCUAGCUCGUUGAUGUCAUAGAAGAAUAAAAUGCUAUUUGCAGCACAUCUUACUUUGGA